UAUAUUCAUCGCGAUAAUAUAAGAACAUAUAUUUAAUAUAAAGAUUAUAGUAAGAAAGGGAAUUAGUACUUCGAACCAGGCCGCACUUAUUGUGAUCUAUACGUUUUUGUCCACUUAUCAAAAAAAAUAAACACGCGCCUACUUUUUGGUCUGGAUGGAUGAGCAAGGUACUCUCAUGACCAACGUUUAGUCAGAUCUGAGAUCUCAGGUUAUACGAACGUCUCCGUUUUCGAAAUGAGGCAAUUUUUUGUGAUUUUACUACUCCUGGUGGUGGGAUGGCAGUGCUGUGGGGUGGCUCGGGCCGACAGUGAUAGCGACAGUAGCAGCAGCAGUGGCGAGCACAAGCACAAGGGCAAAGGACAUAAAUACAACAACCCCGCCUACCCUGCUCCUUACAGCUAUGGCCCCUAUGGCUACCCAUAUCCGUAUAAUCCCUACGCCUACAAUCAGAUUAUGCCGCAAUACCCGCCGCCUGGAUAUAACCCCUAUCCGUAUAAUCCCUACAUGCAGCCGCCACCACCACCGCCACCAAUGCCUGGCUACCCACCCCAGGCCCCUCAAGGCUAUCCAGGUCAGCCAGGCGGUUACCCGUCCCAGCCGGGAAACCCGAGCCAACAGAAUCCCAGCCAACCUUGGAAUGCCAACGCGCCUUCUAAUCCGUCACAACCACAGCAGCCCAAUGCCGGAGCUGGACAACCUCCAGCAUAUCCGCCACCAGCCUCAAGUGUCAUUAAUCACUCCCUUAAAGUCAAUAAGGAGUACAAUGAGGAUGGACACCACAGAACAUAAAUAAGAAACUAGUUUCAUGUGUAACUUGUAUCCGUUUUCGACAAAAUAUUUCAAAUAAAAUACAAAUAUAUACAUAUUAUCCUAA